CAUUUUCUCUGAACGAUCGAUUCAACUGAGAGUGUCAUUCCUGCUGUGAGCCAUGCUUUCAUGCUUCCUAUCUCCGCUCGCGCGGAUGCGACCUCUUCGGGGGCCGCCAUCGCAAGUGCGCCGCUACGCUGCGCCGCGGCGGGGCGGUGCCGUGGAGAACUAUGCCAAGGUGGCUGUGGUGUACACCAAGUGCGGCGAGCUCUUGGCGCUCUACCGGAAGCGGAACGCCCGCAAGUCGCAGCUCGUAAAGAUGUAUGUCGAGCGCAUUGCAGAAGAUACCCACUCCUUGUUGGCCAUUGAGAACUUCGUUCCCGGCCAGCUUGAGAGAGAAAUCCCGUGCCCUACGUGUGAGCGGAGCUUUUGCCGAGGGCCGCGGAUGGUGAAGGGCCGCCCGGCCUGGAAGAUCAUCUCCGGACGUGUGCGCAUGAAGUGAGGUGCGCCACCCACCGCGCCGCAUCCCGGCACUCGCCACGGUGCCCACCGCGCCACGUCGUUGCGCCGCUGCGAAAAAAGCCGCGUUUCCGGACACCGGAAGCACCCGAAGGGCUGAGCCCUGCGACAGGCUGGGGGACGUAGCAUUUUUGGGCCUCCUGGGUUAAGGGAAAGUAACACGUGCAUCGUCCA